CGCAUUUACAGGGGGCGCAUCAAAUAAGAUGCGAUUGGUGAUGGCAGGAGUUUGCUGCAUGCACUCGAGAUUGAUUCACAGAGCAGCUCUAGCCAGGAGCUACCUGGCCGUGACACGAGCCGAUCCACACUCCCCUAUUGGCACCUCAAAGUUUGUCGGUAUCUGUAUCGCCCGUCGCAACAAGGGUCUGGGCUCCACUUUUAUCCUCCGCAAUGUUCUGAAUGGAAUGGGUGUUGAGAUGAUGUAUGAGCUCUACUCCCCGGCCAUCAGAGAGAUACAGGUCCUGAAGCUGGAGAGGAGGCGGCGGGCCAAACUCUACUACCUCCGAGACAAGCCCUGCCAAAGUACUCCACCGUGA